AGAAGAAGAAGGAGGUUCUGUUUCAGGAAGUUGUAGCAGGAACAAUUAUAUGGCUAACGUUGUCGUUGGCUAAAUACUUUUUGUGAUGGAUUAACUCACAUAUUUACUUUGUGGGCAAAGCAUGAAGAUUCCCACAGUUUAAAAUAUGGCAAGGACCGGAGACAUUAUCCAUCUAAACGUUGGAGGAAAAAGGUGAGGACUGGGAUUACUAUGAAUAGCUAGCUACCGGCAGCUAGCUAUUGUUGGUGGGUGGAUGCUAACUAACUAUCUAACAGUUGUUGGCUGGCUAACUAGAUAGCCAGAUAUUUUGAGUAAGAAAAUACCGUUAGUAACAUUGUCCUAAGUUAGCAAACUAACUACUGAUAGUUAGAUAUUUUUCCAGCUAAACUAUCUUUCUCUGACAGUAACGUUAGCUACUGACGUUACAGUGUAGCUGGAACGUGCAAAGCUAGCUAGCUAAGGUAAUAUUAGCUUGCUAGCUUCUUAAUGGUUUUGAACUUGAUCAAACUUGAGGCAGUGUGAAUGCUCAUUUGAGUGAUCAUGUUGUUUCAGGUUCAGCACCUCCAGACAGACAUUGACAUGGGUCCCAGACUCCUUUUUCUCAAGGUAGGUAACUAUCUAUUUAUUUUGAGACAUAGGCCAAUGCCUUUAUUAAAGUCACAAGUGUCUUCAUAAUGACUCUCCAACUCAUUAAUUACCCAGCCAUAGUGAUGGCAUAUGGUCAUUUGCUGUAGCAUCACUCAGUAAGGUCUAACUAGUGAGUUGUGUUGUCUCUGCCAGUCUUCUAAGUGGGAGGAUCUCAACCUUGAAGGAUGAAACUGGAGCGGUAAGUUGUCUGAAAUCGAUGGAACAACCUAGGCAAUGUGUAUAUAAACCUAUUUGAUAUUGGCAACCACUUAGGGCUACUUGUAACAUAUUUGUAAUGUGCUGCUGAUCUUUAUCUCCCACAGAUCUUCAUAGAUCGGGACCCAUCGCUCUUUACUCCCAUACUGAACUUCCUGCGUACCAAAGAGUUGUUUCCCAGGUGCUGAUUCCUUUGUUUACAUUUGUUUACAUUUAAUACGUUUAAAAAAUGGUAUAUAUUCAGCCUUGAUGGCAUGUUGUCUUCAACAUUUGAUUUCUUAACCUUUCAUUUUAGGUCCAUAAAUGUGCACCUGCUCAUGCAUGAAGCUGAGUUCUAUGGAAUCACUCCGUUGGGUACGAAAGUAGCCAGUAGCUAGUCAAAUACAGCUGUGAAUGAGAGGCUGUCUUUCUAUGUAUUAGUGUCUGCACCUUGAUUACAUUUUUUCCUCUUCCUCAGUGCGUAAGCUGCAGCUUUGUGAUGAGCUGGACCGAUCCUCCUGUGGAAACGUGCUCUUCAAUGGUUAUCUCCCACCUCCAGGUAGGCUGAUCUACUCUAGAUUUGACUUCACUUCAAGGACAGGCAAGUUGUGUGUUAAGUUUGAUGUCCUUAUCGUCUCCUCUUGUUGACCAGUGUACCCUGCGAAGCGGAGGAACCGUCACAGUGUGGCGGGGCCUCAGUAUAUGGGUGGCUGUGCCUUGCCCAUGGAGAGAGCUCCAGUGAGACGCAGCAACACCAUGCCACCCAACCUGGGCAACGCGGGCAUGCUGGGUAAAGCAACGAUGGAGGAGAGGAUCAGUGGUGGUAAGGCUUUAUCUUGGCCAGGUCGCAGUUGUAAAUGAGAACUUGUUCUCAGCUGGCUUACCUGGUUAAAUAAAGGUUAAAUAAAAUAAAAAAUAAAUUAAAAAAAGGCCUUGGAAUCAAAUCAAAUUACAUUUUAUUUGUCAGAUACACAUUUAACAGCAGGUAUAAAAGGUGCAGCAAAAUGCUUGUGUGCUAGCUCCCUCAACAGUGCAGUACAAUAAUACAUAAUAGAAGAGGUAGUAUGCAUUAGGGAUGUGACAAAUAGAAAAUGUUUCUUAAAGUUUCAACUGCCAUUUUUAAAAUCGGUUUUCCGUUAAAACUCUGUGUUGUUUUUAUUGCACUGCUUUGCUUUAUCUUGGCCAGGGCGCAGUUGUAAAUGAGAACCUGUUCUCAACUGGCUUACCUGGUUAAAUAAAGGUGAAAUAAAAAAAAAUAAACGAUAAGAAAAAAUCAUAAAAUUCCACAUCAAUUCACAAUGGUGCUAUUACGUAUGUAUGACCGCUAGGGCUGGUCAAUGAAGUUAUAUCUACCCUCGAAAGCGCCUCGGCUAUGGCAUGUUUGUUUGUCUGGGUACACUACAGCUUUUUAAACGCCGACACGAAACCUCUGGAGAUAGUUUUGAAGCGCUGCUGAACGGGCAUUUUACUUGUCUGUAAAGGAAUGCCGCUUCCCAGAACUGUCAAUCAAAUAAUCUCGAGCUGCCUGCGCACAGUCUGCCUGCCUGCUGCCUAAGUUUGUUCAAUACCGUGACUUACCAAGACAUUUAGUAGAAAGAAAACACUUUUUCUUCUAGGAAUCUACUCCUAAGAUUCAGUAUUUUUGGAACGGAGUAGUUAAUUAUUAAGCUACAUUAAUUCAAUCUUUCGUUCAUUUAGACCAUAUGCAGGCCAUAUAUAGUUUAAAACCUGUGCGGCUGGUAAAAGUUUGAGUAGCCAAUAGCCUACUAAAUGAAUAAAGGCUGUUUUGGCAGUCUAGCCUAUUUGAUUCUAGGAAUAGUUUAUUUAAGUUUAAAUUAAACUAUUUGGUUAUCUAAACAAUAUUGAAUGUAAGGGUGUUUUGUUAUGUCGGCUAUAGGCUUUCAUUAGGUAAUUAGAAGGCUCUUUUUCAAAGCAAUUUGAGUUGCCAAUGUGUUGCAUUGUGAAAAUAAGAACAGAGGCCUAUCGUUCUUAAUUCAUGGUUUCCUUUUAUCCAAAUGGUGACUAGCGAUGCAGACAAAUUCAUUCAUGCAGGGAAGGCGAAUAGCCUAGUGGCCUCCUACUCUGGAGUCAUAAAAACAAUUCAAUAAAUGUGUUAUUUGGCGGGACACGAAUCGUCUCUCUUAAUAAUUCUAUGUGGGUGGGUCGGGUUGCAGAAAAAAAAUCUGUCCUGAUGUCGGAUACUGUCCUGAUGUCUGUCCUGAUUGUCUACCUGGACACUGUCUCCAAACGCUGACUUUGUAAAACGUUUCUGUCCAAAAACCUGCUAGUCAAUAUCCCCUUUGUUGGUAUGUUUUUUUGCAUUUCAUGUCCUGGAUUAAAUAAAUCCCUUUAACCCUUUACAAUCGGCCCUAUAUUGGAUAGGGAUACGUUGGAAUGUUUCUUUUACGGAAGAAAUAUGGAAAAGCAUAUGCAUAAACAUGGUUAGCAAUCAGUCCCUACACCCAAACGAGGGCGUCGCGUUCAUCCACCUCUGGCCUGCUGGCUCCCCUUCCUCUGGCCUGUUGGCUCCCCCUCCUCUGGCCUGCUGGCUCCCCUUCCUCUGGCCUGCUGGCUCCCCUUCCUCUGGCCUGCUGGCUCCCCUUCCUCUGGCCUGCUGGCUCCCCUUCCUCUGGCCUGCUGGCUCCCCUUCCUCUGGCCAUGCUGGCUCCCCUUCCUCUGGCAUGCUGGCUCCCCUUCCUCUGGCCUGCUGGCUCCCUUCCUCUGGCCUGCUGGCUCCUCUGGCCUGCUGGCUCCCUUUCCUCUGGCCUGCUGGCUCCCCUUCCUCUGGCCUACUGGCUCCCCUUCCUCUGGCCUACUGGCUCCCCUUCCUCUGGCCUACUAGCUCCCCUUCCUCUGGCCUGCUGGCUCCCCUUCCUCUGGCCUGCUGGCUCCCCUUCCUCUGGCCUGCUGGCUCCCCUUCCUCUGGCCUGCUGGCUCCCCUUCCUCUGCGGAAGCACAGUUCCCGCUCAGCCCAGUCAAAGCUGUUCGCUGCUCUGGCACCCCAAUGGUGGAACAAGCUCCCCCCACGACGCCAGGACAGCGGAGUCACUCGCCACCUUGCGGAGACAUUUGAAACCCCACCUCUUUAAGGAAUACCUGGGAUAGGAUAAAGUAAUCCUUCUACCCCCCCCCCCCCCCCAAAAAAAAUACAAUAAUAAUAAUAACUUUGUAAAGUGGUUGUCCCACUGGCUAUAAGGUGAAUGCACCUAUUUGUAAGUCGCUCUGGAUAAGAGCGUCUGCUAAAUGACGUAAAUGUAAUGUAAAUGGAUAUUGGGUGGGGCUCGGAAUUGAUGUGGCCGGCGCGGGGCGAGUGUGGCUCCAAAAAACGGACCCGUGCAGGACUGUGUUUGUGUGUGUAAGUUUGUGUAAGUGGUUGGAUGUGUGGGGAGUCAGCGCAAACAGUCUUUAAGGUGCAGAUAUUCUCAAGGUGCAAAUAGUCUCAAGGUGCAGGUCUGUGCAGGGAGACAGCUAGGGUUAGAGUGAACCGUCCGUGGCUCGGGUGACUCGAGUCCUUGACGAUCUUUCGGCCAGUGUUUUUACAUUGUAUUUAGCUUCAGUAUUCCUAUCAAUAUGUCUUGUCUGGUUGCACUGUAUUGAAAGUAAAAGUUCUAACCUGGACCCGUCCUCUGUAGCUCAGCUGGUAGAGCACGGCGCUUGUAACGCCAAGGUAGUGGGUUCGAUCCCCGGGACCACCCAUACACAAAAAUGUAUGCACGCAUGACUGUAAGUCGCUUUGGAUAAAAGCGUCUGCUAAAUGGCAUAUUAUAAUUUUAUUUUUAAGGGAAUAUUAUCAACAAGUGGAUUCACCUUCACCGUUACAUCUCAUAUUGCUCAAAUAAACAGCAAACCUGGUUUAAAAAAACAGAUGAAGCAACACCUCACGGCACAACGCCUCUCCCCUAUUUGACCUAGAUAGUUUGUGUGUAUGUAUUGAUAUGUAGGCUACGUGUGCUUUCAAAAAAAAAAAAAAUGUAGUUCUUGUCUAUUAAUGUUCUGUAUUAUGUCAUGUUUUGUGUGGACCCAAGGAAGAGUAGCUGCUGCUUUUGCAACAGCUAUGGGGAUCCUAAUAAAAUACCAAAUACCUGUUCAUCUUUCCCUUACUACACAGCUCAGGUUGCAGACCCAGGCAUGGUCCGCAUCAUAUGUGGCCACCACAACUGGAUCGCUGUGGCUUAUGCACAAUUUGUUGUUUGCUACAGGUAAGGACACAGGACUUCCAUGCAUGAUGUCACAGUGUCAUAUGAAUCAGUCAUUUGGUAAGGACCAAAGAGGGUAUUAACUGUGCUGUCCUCUUCCAUCAGAGUGAAGGAGUCUACGGGCUGGCAGCAGGUGUUCACCAGUCCCCGUCUGGACUGGUGAUUGACAGGGUGGCGCUCAACGCCAAGGUGAUGGGCGGCUCCCUGGGAGACAACGACAAGAUGGUGGCCGUGGCCUCGGGCACAGAGAUCAUCCUCUGGACUAUCUGUCCUGACGGCAACGGCAACGAGAUAGGUCAGUCUGCAAACGAAUGAACGCACGGUGUUAAAACAAAUAUAGCUAUGAUAUCAUUUUUUAUCGCUCAAAAUAUUGACUAUUGACUUGUCGUUAGUAUUUUAAGAGACCACUUUAAAGGUAGUUGUGGGGGCUUAUGUAAGGGCCGUGCUAAUAGUCUCCAUUGUACCUGCUUCCUUCCAGGGGUGUUCAGUCUGAAUGUCCCCGUGGAGGCUCUCUUCUUUGUGGGGAACCAGCUUAUUGCCACCAGCCACACAGGGAAAGUGGGAGUAUGGAAUGCAGUGACCAAACAUUGGCAGGUAAAGUUGUAUCCAUGCAUUCUAUAAGAAUGUCAUGUCAAUAGAACGUAUAUAUUAUGUGUAGUAAUAAUAUAUGUGGUUGUGUGUGGCUCAGUUGCAACGCCAUGAUUGUGGGUUCGAUUCCCCGGGGCCACCAUAUGUAAAAUGUGUGCACACAUGACUGUAAGUGGCGUUGGCUAAAUAGCAUAUAUUAAAUGUGUGUUGUACAUCAGUUGUUCAUGUUUUCCAUUUCUCUUUCCCUUCUCAGAAUCAAGAUGUGGUUCCCAUUAAUAGCUAUGAUACUGCCGCUUCCUUCCUCAUUCUAGGCUGUAACAAUGGGUCCAUAUAUUAUAUAGGUAAGGAAAGUCAUCUUUUCUACAUAUGAUGCAAUAAUGGAAAACUAUUAAAAUCGUUUUUUCUGUAUAGCAGAAAUGCUGUCAAGGUGUUUUUCUAAUACAUCAUUCAGUAUAAUAUUAAUUAAACACUUGCAAAAUAUAGACCUCUCAUUGAUGUGUUCUUGUCAACAGAUGUUCAGAAGUUUCCAUUGAGGAUGAAGGACAAUGACCUCCUAGUGACAGAGUUUAUACCGCGACCCCACGGAGGACGCCAUCACUGCUCUCAGUGUCUACCUCACACCCAAAACAAGUAUGUCUGCCCGUUUCGAUUUUUACCUUCACUGAAAUUAAAUAUCUUUUUCUGGCAUAUUUUUUAAGGCCUCAGAUAUGGGUGGCUGUGCCUUGCCCAUGGAGAGAGCUCCAGUGAGACGCAGCAACACCAUGCCACCCAACCUGGGCAACGCGGGCAUGCUGGGUAAAGCAACGAUGGAGGAGAGGAUCAGUGGUGGUAAGGCUUUAUCUUGGCCAGGUCGCAGUUGUAAAUGAGAACUUGUUCUCAGCUGGCUUACCUGGUUAAAUAAAGGUUAAAUAAAAUAAAAAAUAAAUUAAAAAAAGGCCUUGGAAUCAAAUCAAAUUACAUUUUAUUUGUCAGAUACACAUUUAACAGCAGGUAUAAAAGGUGCAGCAAAAUGCUUGUGUGCUAGCUCCCUCAACAGUGCAGUACAAUAAUACAUAAUAGAAGAGGUAGUAUGCAUUAGGGAUGUGACAAAUAGAAAAUGUUUCUUAAAGUUUCAACUGCCAUUUUUAAAAUCGGUUUUCCGUUAAAACUCUGUGUUGUUUUUAUUGCACUGCUUUGCUUUAUCUUGGCCAGGGCGCAGUUGUAAAUGAGAACCUGUUCUCAACUGGCUUACCUGGUUAAAUAAAGGUGAAAUAAAAAAAAAUAAACGAUAAGAAAAAAUCAUAAAAUUCCACAUCAAUUCACAAUGGUGCUAUUACGUAUGUAUGACCGCUAGGGCUGGUCAAUGAAGUUAUAUCUACCCUCGAAAGCGCCUCGGCUAUGGCAUGUUUGUUUGUCUGGGUACACUACAGCUUUUUAAACGCCGACACGAAACCUCUGGAGAUAGUUUUGAAGCGCUGCUGAACGGGCAUUUUACUUGUCUGUAAAGGAAUGCCGCUUCCCAGAACUGUCAAUCAAAUAAUCUCGAGCUGCCUGCGCACAGUCUGCCUGCCUGCUGCCUAAGUUUGUUCAAUACCGUGACUUACCAAGACAUUUAGUAGAAAGAAAACACUUUUUCUUCUAGGAAUCUACUCCUAAGAUUCAGUAUUUUUGGAACGGAGUAGUUAAUUAUUAAGCUACAUUAAUUCAAUCUUUCGUUCAUUUAGACCAUAUGCAGGCCAUAUAUAGUUUAAACCUGUGCGGCUGGUAAAAGUUUGAGUAGCCAAUAGCCUACUAAAUGAAUAAAGGCUGUUUUGGCAGUCUAGCCUAUUUGAUUCUAGGAAUAGUUUAUUUAAGUUUAAAUUAAACUAUUUGGUUAUCUAAACAAUAUUGAAUGUAAGGGUGUUUUGUUAUGUCGGCUAUAGGCUUUCAUUAGGUAAUUAGAAGGCUCUUUUUCAAAGCAAUUUGAGUUGCCAAUGUGUUGCAUUGUGAAAAUAAGAACAGAGGCCUAUCGUUCUUAAUUCAUGGUUUCCUUUUAUCCAAAUGGUGACUAGCGAUGCAGACAAAUUCAUUCAUGCAGGGAAGGCGAAUAGCCUAGUGGCCUCCUACUCUGGAGUCAUAAAAACAAUUCAAUAAAUGUGUUAUUUGGCGGGACACGAAUCGUCUCUCUUAAUAAUUCUAUGUGGGUGGGUCGGGUUGCAGAAAAAAAUCUGUCCUGAUGUCGGAUACUGUCCUGAUGUCUGUCCUGAUUGUCUACCUGGACACUGUCUCCAAACGCUGACUUUGUAAAACGUUUCUGUCCAAAAACCUGCUAGUCAAUAUCCCCUUUGUUGGUAUGUUUUUUUGCAUUUCAUGUCCUGGAUUAAAUAAAUCCCUUUAACCCUUUACAAUCGGCCCUAUAUUGGAUAGGGAUACGUUGGAAUGUUUCUUUUACAGAAGAAAUAUGGAAAAGCAUAUGCAUAAACAUGGUUAGCAAUCAGUCCCUACACCCAAACGAGGGCGUCGCGUUCAUCCACCUCUGGCCUGCUGGCUCCCCUUCCUCUGGCCUGUUGGCUCCCCCUCCUCUGGCCUGCUGGCUCCCCUUCCUCUGGCCUGCUGGCUCCCCUUCCUCUGGCCUGCUGGCUCCCCUUCCUCUGGCCUGCUGGCUCCCCUUCCUCUGGCCUGCUGGCUCCCCUUCCUCUGGCCUGCUGGCUCCCCUUCCUCUGGCAUGCUGGCUCCCCUUCCUCUGGCCUGCUGGCUCCCCUUCCUCUGGCCUGCUGGCUCCUCUGGCCUGCUGGCUCCCUUUCCUCUGGCCUGCUGGCUCCCCUUCCUCUGGCCUACUGGCUCCCCUUCCUCUGGCCUACUGGCUCCCCUUCCUCUGGCCUACUAGCUCCCCUUCCUCUGGCCUGCUGGCUCCCCUUCCUCUGGCCUGCUGGCUCCCCUUCCUCUGGCCUGGCUCCCCUUCCUCUGGCCUGCUGGCUCCCCUUCCUCUGCGGAAGCACAGUUCCCGCUCAGCCCAGUCAAAGCUGUUCGCUGCUCUGGCACCCCAAUGGUGGAACAAGCUCCCCCCACGACGCCAGGACAGCGGAGUCACUCGCCACCUUGCGGAGACAUUUGAAACCCCACCUCUUUAAGGAAUACCUGGGAUAGGAUAAAGUAAUCCUUCUACCCCCCCCCCCCCCCCAAAAAAAAUACAAUAAUAAUAAUAACUUUGUAAAGUGGUUGUCCCACUGGCUAUAAGGUGAAUGCACCUAUUUGUAAGUCGCUCUGGAUAAGAGCGUCUGCUAAAUGACGUAAAUGUAAUGUAAAUGGAUAUUGGGUGGGGCUCGGAAUUGAUGUGGCCGGCGCGGGGCGAGUGUGGCUCCAAAAAACGGACCCGUGCAGGACUGUGUUGUGUGUGUAAGUUUGUGUAAGUGGUUGGAUGUGUGGGGAGUCAGCGCAAACAGUCUUUAAGGUGCAGAUAUUCUCAAGGUGCAAAUAGUCUCAAGGUGCAGGUCUGUGCAGGGAGACAGCUAGGGUUAGAGUGAACCGUCCGUGGCUCGGGUGACUCGAGUCCUUGACGAUCUUUCGGCCAGUGUUUUUACAUUGUAUUUAGCUUCAGUAUUCCUAUCAAUAUGUCUUGUCUGGUUGCACUGUAUUGAAAGUAAAAGUUCUAACCUGGACCCGUCCUCUGUAGCUCAGCUGGUAGAGCACGGCGCUUGUAACGCCAAGGUAGUGGGUUCGAUCCCCGGGACCACCCAUACACAAAAAUGUAUGCACGCAUGACUGUAAGUCGCUUUGGAUAAAAGCGUCUGCUAAAUGGCAUAUUAUAAUUUUAUUUUUAAGGGAAUAUUAUCAACAAGUGGAUUCACCUUCACCGUUACAUCUCAUAUUGCUCAAAUAAACAGCAAACCUGGUUUAAAAAAACAGAUGAAGCAACACCUCACGGCACAACGCCUCUCCCCUAUUUGACCUAGAUAGUUUGUGUGUAUGUAUUGAUAUGUAGGCUACGUGUGCUUUCAAAAAAAAAAAAAUGUAGUUCUUGUCUAUUAAUGUUCUGUAUUAUGUCAUGUUUUGUGUGGACCCAAGGAAGAGUAGCUGCUGCUUUUGCAACAGCUAAUGGGGAUCCUAAUAAAAUACCAAAUACCUGUUCAUCUUUCCCUUACUACACAGCUCAGGUUGCAGACCCAGGCAUGGUCCGCAUCAUAUGUGGCCACCACAACUGGAUCGCUGUGGCUUAUGCACAAUUUGUUGUUUGCUACAGGUAAGGACACAGGACUUCCAUGCAUGAUGUCACAGUGUCAUAUGAAUCAGUCAUUUGGUAAGGACCAAAGAGGGUAUUAACUGUGCUGUCCUCUUCCAUCAGAGUGAAGGAGUCUACGGGCUGGCAGCAGGUGUUCACCAGUCCCCGUCUGGACUGGGUGAUUGACAGGGUGGCGCUCAACGCCAAGGUGAUGGGCGGCUCCCUGGGAGACAACGACAAGAUGGUGGCCGUGGCCUCGGGCACAGAGAUCAUCCUCUGGACUAUCUGUCCUGACGGCAACGGCAACGAGAUAGGUCAGUCUGCAAACGAAUGAACGCACGGUGUUAAAACAAAUAUAGCUAUGAUAUCAUUUUUAUCGCUCAAAAUAUUGACUAUUGACUUGUCGUUAGUAUUUUAAGAGACCACUUUAAAGGUAGUUGUGGGGGCUUAUGUAAGGGCCGUGCUAAUAGGUCUCCAUUGUACCUGCUUCCUUCCAGGGGUGUUCAGUCUGAAUGUCCCCGUGGAGGCUCUCUUCUUUGUGGGGAACCAGCUUAUUGCCACCAGCCACACAGGGAAAGUGGGAGUAUGGAAUGCAGUGACCAAACAUUGGCAGGUAAAGUUGUAUCCAUGCAUUCUAUAAGAAUGUCAUGUCAAUAGAACGUAUAUAUUAUGUGUAGUAAUAAUAUAUGUGGUUGUGUGUGGCUCAGUUGCAACGCCAUGAUUGUGGGUUCGAUUCCCGGGGCCACCCAUAUGUAAAAUGUGUGCACACAUGACUGUAAGUGGCGUUGGCUAAAUAGCAUAUAUUAAAUGUGUGUUGUACAUCAGUUGUUCAUGUUUUCCAUUUCUCUUUCCCUUCUCAGAAUCAAGAUGUGGUUCCCAUUAAUAGCUAUGAUACUGCCGCUUCCUUCCUCAUUCUAGGCUGUAACAAUGGGUCCAUAUAUUAUAUAGGUAAGGAAAGUCAUCUUUUCUACAUAUGAUGCAAUAAUGGAAAACUAUUAAAAUCGUUUUUCUGUAUAGCAGAAUGCUGUCAAGGUGUUUUUCUAAUACAUCAUUCAGUAUAAGUAUAUUAAUACACUUGCAAAAUAUAGACCUCUCAUUGAUGUGUUCUUGUCAACAGAUGUUCAGAAGUUUCCAUUGAGGAUGAAGGACAAUGACCUCCUAGUGACAGAGUUAUACCGCGACCCCACGGAGGACGCCAUCACUGCUCUCAGUGUCUACCUCACACCCAAAACAAGUAUGUCUGCCCGUUUCGAUUUUUACCUUCACUGAAAUUAAUAGCUUUUUCUGCAUAUUUUUAAGGAUGAGCAAGUAUCAUAUUAGUCAAUCAUGGUUAUUGGAAAUACAAUCUUAAUAGAUGCAUGGUGCAAAACAAUCAUUUUCAUGUUACUUCAUUUAUGGUCAGCAAUGGCCGUAUAAUUUUAUAGGCAGCUGGCAGAUUUGGAAUGGUUCCUGGUGGCGUUUCGCUAACUCUUUGCCGAACCUUAACCUUUAAACUAAUCUUGACCUUUACCCUAACCUAACGUCCCUAACACGAACACUAACUUUAACCAAUUUCGAUCCUAAUUCCUCACCUUAAUCUUUGGGUCUGCCAGCUGACUAUCCACUUCCAUUUCUUGAUAUGCACGGUACAUAACACAGCAUGCAUUGAGGCUAAAAUGGUGUAUGGGAUAAAAGUCCCCAAUGUGUCGUCAGGCGACAGCGGCAACUGGAUCGAGAUCGCCUACGGGACCAGCUCGGGCACGGUGCGGGUGAUAGUGCAGCACCCGGAGACAGUGGGCUCUGGGCCCCAGCUCUUCCAGACCUUCUCAGUCCACCGCAGCCCCGUCACCAAGAUCAUGCUCUCUGAGAAACACCUCAUAUCAGGUGAGAAUGGUUGGCCAGGAGCCUCCAUGUUCUAGUGAUGAUCGUUAAUUAGCGGUGUAUUCUACUGUCUCCGCUUGUAAGCUGUUGGAUAUUAUGCAAAUGAAUUCAGAAACAUUGGUCAUCCAAGUUUAGUGCAGAAGAUGGGCCCAUCGUGCAGAUGUUUUUGGGCUAACCCUGUUGUGUCGUGUCGUCAGUGUGUGCAGACAACAACCACGUGCGGACCUGGACGGUGACUCGCUUCAGGGGGAUGAUCUCCACCCAGCCAGGCUCCACCCCCCUCACCUCCUUCAAGAUCCUCUCUCUGGAGGACAUCGACGGCCACGGGGGCUGUGCUGCCGGCACUGAGAUAGGUAAGCAGACAGAGGUCAGGGGUCAAAAGUGGACACUGGUUUGAAUGUUUAAUUGAAGUUAACAUUUGGAGAUGCAGUGAGAAAGGACUGUAAGGGUACCUGCUGUGUGUUGUUCCUCUCUAACAGGUCCCUAUGGAGAGCGAGACGACCAGCAGGUAUUUAUCCAGAGGGUCAUCCCUGACACAGACAAACUCUACGUGCGCCUCUCGUCCAAUGGAAAGAGGGUGUGUGAGGUGCGCUCUGUGGACGGCACCUCCAUCACCUCCUUCAUGGUCCACGAGUGUGAGGGGUCCAGCCGCAUCGGCUCACGCCCCCGCCGCUACCUCUUCAGUGGCCACGCCAACGGUAGCAUCCAGAUGUGGGACCUGACCACCGCCAUGGAGAUCGCAGGGAAAGUGGACAUCAGGGGUAAGACAACCCCGCACUCUAAACACAUGGCUUUUUGUGUUGACUGGUUUUAUUAAGUGAUGUGUCAUAGACAUUGUGCUGUGUCUCUGACUGUCUCUGUCUGGUUGUCCCUCAGCGCUGGGCGGCCCUACAGAAGAAGAGCUGCUGGAGCUGUUAGACCAGUGUGACCUGGCUCUGACCCGUACCCCUGACAUGAGUCCUGCUGCCUCCUUCACCCACUCCUCCACCUGCAGGUACACCACCCACCAUUGCCAACUGCCCAUGCAAUCAGGCGCAUGCUACCCCCAUACAGCUGCAUAUGUUAACCCACUUUUGCAAGUGCACAUCAUAUUCAGGGCAUAAAAUGAACACCCGCCACCAACCAAAUGCGGGUAGAUGUAGGUAUUGGCGGAUAAAAAUGUCUACUUCACCAGCCACUUUUAGAGGGGGGGUCAAUUUGCCGGGCAAUACAGUGUGAGCAUUGCAUUUGUGAAUAAAAAUAGUCAAAAAGUCAUGUAUGAGCAUAUAGUGUGAGUUGCAACUUCUAGCAGAAAAAUGCUGAAGUAGCUGCUUUCAAAGUACAGUAUUUCUGCUGUUUUGUUUCAUAGCUGCUAAUCGCACAAAGAAAUACGAAUCCUACAUCCCACCUCGCGCAGCUUCGCGCACUGAGAGUGAAGAGCUGAUAGAUUAAUUUUUGGAGGCGCUGGCACAGAAAAGCAUAAAAGUUGGUCUAAUUUACGUCUUGUGUUUCUUGGCUAUUUACAUUGUUUUGUUCACAAGCUCGGUUGUUUUUCAAUGUUAGUUUGAAUCUGCUGCUUCAACUGAUAGCAAAGAGACACCGUAGAUGCUGUCUACUACUAGUCACAUCCCAAAUGUUACAGACACACAUGACAUGACUCGAGUAGCCCCGGUAACCUUCCGCCCUUAAAGGGGCAGCUCAACAUUUUGUCUCAUCUGAUAUAUUCGUUAAAAGAACGGGCUCGGGAGAGGCGAAGGUCGAGUCAUGCGUCCUCCGAAACAUGACCCGCCAAACCGCGCUGCUUCUUAACACCUGCUCGCUUAACCCGGAAGCCAGCCGCACCAAUGUGUCAGAGGAAACACCAUUCAACUGACGACUAACGUCAGCUUGCAGGCGCCCGGCCCGCCACAAGGUGUCGCUAGAGCGCGAUGAGCCAAGGAAAGCCCCCCCCCCCCCCCCCCCCCCGGCCAAACCCUCCCCUAACCCGGACGACGCUGGGCCAAUUGUGCGCCGUCCUAUGGGACUCCUGGUCACGGCCGGCUGUGAUACAGCUUGGGAUCGAACCCCAGUCAGUAGUGAUGCAGUGCCUUAGACUGCUGCGCCACUCAGGAGGCCCCUAAAUGUAGCAAUAUACCACAUUACUUCUUACUAAUACAUUUCUUGUUUUAGAAACAUUACAAAGCAUGGUCAUCCAUAAAAAAUAAAAAUUAUGGUGAAAAAAAGUUGAGUGGCUGGUAGAUAUUUUUCAUCUACCUGCCACAGUGGCUGGUGGAACAAAAAGUUAAUUUUAGGCCCUGAUCAUAUUCUCUCUGUUUAUCUUGUCUCUGCAGUUUGCAGUCCCAGAGUGAGAGCUCCAGGGAGCGCGGGACCAGAGGUGGUGUGAGCAGCUCGGGUCCCUUCUCUGGUAGCCUGCCCCGCCAGGCCCCUCCGGUGCCCCUCACCAAGCCCCGGGACAUGGCUCUCCCCAUGGCGGGGUUGGGCCUCCAGCCCCACCACCUGGGUCUGAGCCAGGCCUCCCUCAGCAGCAGCGGCAGCCCCCGGCCCGGCCGCACCGCCCCCCAGGACAGAGACCGGGACCGUGUCAUGGGGUCUCUGCGCAGGGGUAAUUUUGUUGAGCGUUGUCAGGAGCUUGCCAAGGUCUCGGACUCUGCAGGAGGGGUGGAGGGGGGCACGCGGCGCAGCCUGGCUGUAUGCUCAGAGUUGGAGGCUAGACUGGGCCUACGGACACCCGCCUCUUUCUCCUGCCCCCCUGCAGCCUCUCCCGCCUCAUUGUCAUCUUCAUCACUGCGCCGGCCACAGCCCACCUCACCCAGCCCUGCCCCUGCUACAAUCGUCAGUCCAACCCGCUCCCAGACCCCUGUGUCGCCUCGUCGAGCUGGCACCUCCCCUACUACAGAAGUCCCGCCCCCUGAAGCUGCAGCAGCCACUCCAGAGAGCUCCUCCCCUGUGCCCCCCACCAGUCCUAAACCCCCCAUGAAUGAGACCAGCUUCUGA